AAAAGGACACGUUUUUUUAUACGGACGAAUUUAAAGAAUAUAUUUCGUUUAGAGAACAUGGACGCGUUGAAAUUUACACUCGCAAUUCUCGCAAUCGCUGGAUGCUGGCGACCGUUCUCGUGGACGUCGCUGAUCAAACAUACAUUAUACAACGCGUAUUCAUUAUUAAUAAUUAGCCUACUGUACAGCUACACACUCACGCAGUUUAUGGAUUUUGUCCUAAAUGUCAACAAUCCGGACGAUUUUACUAACGUUGUGUAUCUGAUGUUGACCCUGUUCUCUUCGUGCUACAAAAUACUAGAUCUAUGGGUGAAUCAUAAGAGUUUAGCGGAAUUAAUUCAGAAUCUUACGGAAGGAACAUUUAAGCCACUAGUACCUGUCGAAAUCGAAAUUCGACGUAAAUUCGACAAAGUAAUACAAAAUAACGCAAUGUGUUAUGCUAUGUUGGUUGCAGUCAGUUGCGCAUUUCAGAUCUUGGUAUCAUUACUGACGAAUUUCAGAAAGAGGCAGUUAACAUUCGGAGGAUGGAUACCAUAUGAUUACUCGUCGUUCGUGAUGUUUUCUCUCACAUAUGCUCAUCAAAUCGUAGGCGGAGUGGCUUCGUGCAUUAUUAACGUUGCUUGUGACUGUCUCAUUGUCGGUUUGCUACUGCAUCUAUGCUGUCAGAUUACGAUAUUAGAAUCUCGCUUGAAAGGUAUCAUAUAUGGGCACUAUACUCUCAGCGACUGUGUACGCCAUCAUCAUCACAUAAUCGAAUACGCAUACGCGACCAACGCGAAAUUCACGAAGAUAAUCGCAUUUCAAUUCGUAGCAAGUACAUUCAUAAUGUGCUCAAAUUUGUACCAACUAUCUAGAAAUAAAUUUAACGCUAAUUUCAUUGGUUUAUUCUCAUAUACAUCGUGUGUACUUGCAGAAAUUUUCAUCUAUUGUUGGUUUGGAAAUAAACUCAAACUAAUGAGCUUUCAAUUAGUCGAUAAUAUUUUCGAAACAGAAUGGAUAGCGUUGGAUAAUAAAACUAAAAGAAGCCUUUUGAUAAUUAUGAAUCGCGCGAUGAGACCUAUUGAGUUUACACACACUGCACACAUUCUUAACAUGAACCUAGACUCUUUUGUAGCGAUCGAGAUCUUGGAAUAUCGCCUAAAGAAUAUCUUAACCAAUCAAUUUACUCUGGGCUACUGCAUACACCAUCACAACCGAAUUUUACAUAUCGAAGCUUGUAACAUACGUUACAUAAGCAAAUAUAUUUGUAUUUUUUUAAAUUCAAACAAGACAAAAAUGCAUAUUUUAAAGUUUACAUUUUUAAUCGUUACGUUUGUUGGGUGCUUUCGACCGCUAACUUGGACAUCGCAAUUUAGACGUGCUAUUUACAAUCUCUACAGAAUAUUUAUAAUUACCAUUUUAUAUACUUUUGCUUUUUUACAAUUUAUGGAUAUUUUGCUGAACGUCGACAAUCCCGACGACUUUACUAAUAUUUUAUACAUGGCUUUAAAUGUGUCCGUUUCUGGUUUCAAAUUACUGAUAAUGUGGCUAAAUUAUGAGAAUGUUACAACAUUAAUUACUGCACUUAACGAGGAACCAUUUAAACCGUUGGAUCCAGCCGAGUUGGGAAUUCGUCAAAAAUUUGAUACAUUAAUACGGUCUAAUACAUUACGCUAUUCGAUUUUGAUUGCGACAUCAUGGACGUUUAUGAGUUUGAUGUCAUUGCUCACUGAUUUUAGACACAGAAAGUUAACGUAUAGAGAAUGGGUGCCAUACGAUUAUUCAUCUUACAUGGUGUUUUGCGUUACGUAUGCUCACCAAAUUCUGAGCACGUUUUAUUGUGCUAGUGUGAACGUCGCCUGCGAUACUCUCAUAUGUGGAUUCUUAAUGCACGUAUAUUGUCAAAUAGAGAUGUUGGAACAUCGCUUAAAGAAGAUCUUAAGUGAUCAAAGUAUCUUGGACUACUGCAUACGCCAUCAUAACAGUAUAUUUGAAUUUGCGUGUUCGAUAAAUGCAAAAUUUUCACAAAUAAUCGGAUUACAGUUCAUAAUAAGCACAUUGAUAAUAUGCUCUAAUUUGUAUCAGUUGAGCCAAUCGUCGUUAAACACAGACAGUAUUGGAUUAAUUGGAUUUACGUGCUGCAUGUUAACAGAAAUAUUUAUUUAUUGUUGGUUUGGUCACAAAAUUAAAUCAAAGAGCGUUCAAUUAUCGGACAGCAUUUUCCAAAUAAAAUGGCCAAUGUUGAAUAACAGCGUCAAAAGAGAUCUCCUAAUAAUUAUGAAACGCGCGAUUGUGCCUAUCGAAUUUACUACUGCACAUAUUAUUAGUUUGAAUUUGGACUCUUUCGUGGCGCUACUUAAAACAUCGUACUCCGCUUAUAAUUUAUUGUUGAUGUUGGGCAAGUGGAUGUUGAGAAGUGAUGUUCAGAAGAAAAGCGAAAUGCCUGUCUUGAAAUUUACGCUCACGGUUUUAGCGGUCGCAGGAUGCUGGCGACCAACGUCGUGGACGUCGCUGUUUAGAUACAUAAUGUAUAACGCUUACACAGCGUCAAUAAUUAUAAUUUUAUACACAUUUGCAAUGACCCAAAUUAUGGAGCUAUUGAAUGCUGACGACCCUGACGCAAUUGGCGACGCCUUAUUCAACGCUCUGAUUUCGUUUCUGGCGGGCUACAAAGCAAUUAUUAUACGGAUAAAUCACGAUGAUAUUGCAAUGUUAAUUGAUAAUCUCGUCGAAAAGCCAUUCAAACCGAUAGAUUUGAACGAAAACAUGAUUCGAGAAAAGUUUGACAAGAGAAUAACGAAUAAUACAUUAUGUUAUUUAACCCUCGUUAUGGUAACAGCCUUCUACAUGAUUUUUCUGUCACUAUUGACGGAUUUCAAGAAUGGAGUUUUAUUGUACAAAGCUUGGUUACCGUUCGACUGCUCAAUAUCUGUGCUAUUUUCUUUCGUAUACAUUCAUCAGAUAUUAACUCUAAUAUUUAUUGGCCUUCUCCAUUCCACGUGUGACAAUUUAAUAUGCGGAUUAUUGUUGCACAUUUGCUGCCAGAUUGAGAUUUUAGAGUACCGUUUAUCAAACAUCACGAAUGGUCCAGGAAAUCUGCGCGAUUGCGUAAAUCACCACAUAUACAUAUUUCAAUACGCGUAUAUGCUGAACGAUAGAUUUUCCAAGAUAAUUCCUAGUGAGUUCGCAAUGAUCACGGUGGUAAUGUGCUAUAACUUAAUUCAUAUGGCUUUUAAAUCGUCCAAUACCGUUUCUUAUAUACAGGACGUUAUGGUUGUGGCAUCCACUAUGGCUCCGAUUUUUUAUUAUUGUUGGUUCGGCAAUGAAAUCAAGCUGAAGAGCCUCCAAUUAUCAGACAGUAUUUAUAACUUGGAAUGGACGUUAUUUAGCAACAAUAUAAAGAAAGGUCUUUUAAUGAUCAUGAAUCGUGCUACGAUUCCAAUCGAGUUCACCAGCGCAGAUAUUAUUCCGGUGAAUCUUGACUCUUUCCUGAGGGUACUUAAGACGUCAUAUUCGCUUUUUAAUGUAUUAAUACAUUCGCAGAAACACUAACGUAGCACAAGAUUGAUAAUUGCUAUUUAUAAUAAAGGACUCCGUAGAAUUCUUAUGGAAAAUGGUUUUUGACAGU